GACCGUUAUCCUUUUGGGGUUUUUCAUACCUCACUGGGCUCUACCUUAUGCAUACGGUCCGAACUCAAAAGCGAUUGGAUAGUUGGGGACCUUCCCUCGUUAGUGUUGUUUGUUGAUACUCUUCGAAUUCCGGAAUUAGAUCGACCAAAGAGUGGAAAUGAAUCUGUUCCGGCUAUCAAUUGGUCUACAGCUGUUUAGCAAUUGUAUCAAUUGACUAUAAGCCAUAUGAACAAGGCUUUUGCUGAAUUCAUGACCAAAAGAUUUUCAGAUACUUCUAGCAUUGAAGGCACCGUCUUCAAUUGUACUCUUAUGCAUUGUCUUAAAUCGCACGAUCAAUCCGAGUUCCAUUUAAUGGGUGGCAGUAAGUAUUUCUAAUGAUCUACGAUAUUAGAUUGAAUGUGAAUAUAACUAGUGAAAAUGCAAACAUUUAUUUUAUUCAUGUAGUUUCGCAAGUAACACUUCAUGGUUCAUCUGACAAUUUUCAAGAACUAAUCGAUCGAGUUAAGCAAUUCAUACACAUUCUCCAAGUGUUUUGUGUAUUGCAGAAGAGACAGAAAGGUUAUCCUAAUCAUAGUAGAACGAUGAAUUUCGAUUUGAAAUGGAAUAUUGGUUGGAGUAAUGAUGCACGAAAUUCUCUUUGAACACCAUAUGCAGAACGAUUUCAACAUUGGAAACAAAAAAUAUUAGAUGUUUCAAAUUGUGCACGAUGGAGUAGCGAUAAAAUGAUUUGUACAUUGAGUCAUGAUGAUACAAAUGAUGGUCCAUUUAUUAGCAAAAAUAUUCUAUUGAAUUGUGUUUCACAUGCUCGAAAUGAUAUGAAUAAAUUUGCUGAUCUAAGAAAUUUAUUUACAUGGCAAAUAUGUAUUCCUAGUCAUGCUCAUAUGAUACAUAUAGAGAAGAAGGCUAUUCAUUAAUCUAUGAAUAUGGUGAAAAUCUAGUGAUAGCAUAUCAUCGAGGUAUUUUUGAUAAUCGUCGAAUUGCUGUUAUUCAUAACUUUUCGAAUCGUGGUUACACAUGUUAUGAUAUUCCAUUACCAUGA